CCUUAAUGUCAUGCACUGUACUUACAAUUUGUUUCUGCAGGCACACGGACUACAAGGUGGCCUCGCCUGCUUUGAGAGCUGUAGGAAACAUCGUCACUGGAGACGACAUUCAAACACAGGUGGUGUUGAACUGCUCCGCCCUGCCCUGUCUGCUGCACCUCCUCAGCAGCGCUAAAGAGUCCAUCCGCAAAGAGGCCUGCUGGACCAUCUCAAACAUCACCGCAGGAAACCGAGCACAAAUACAGACGGUCAUUGAUGCCAACAUCUUCCCAGUGCUGAUCGACAUCCUACAGAAAGCUGAAUUCAGAACCAGGAAAGAGGCGGCCUGGGCCAUCACCAACGCAACGUCCGGAGGAACACCAGAACAGAUCAGAUACCUGGUGAACCUGGGCUGCAUUAAGCCGCUGUGUGACCUGCUGACGGUGAUGGACUCUAAGAUCGUUCAGGUUGCUCUGAACGGGCUGGAGAACAUCCUGAGGCUGGGAGAGCAGGAAGCCAAGCAGGACAACAGCGGCAGCGGGGUCAACCCCUACUGCAGCCUCAUCGAAGAAGCAUAUGGUACUGCAACGUGUCCACACAACAACAUUAGGAGCAUGAAACAUUACCAGAGACAAACGU